GCCAUAGAAGAAUUGAAUUUGGACGAAGAACAACGCAUACAUGCAGCCGCCCAAGACGAAGCGGCCGAGCUAGUCUGGAAGCACCGUACUGGUUACGAUCCCGAGAAAGAACGUGCUUCUGCGUACGCAAACCCAGAUACUACGCCCAUCUCCACUCCUGUCUCUACACCUCGAAGCACACGAGCGAAAGGCAAAAGUUAUGAAGGGCUCGCAAAUGCCGUGGCGAACGAUGUUGCCAUCUCAAAGCGACGUGUAAGCAGUGGCUCCAAACGACGAGCCAGCGCAGAUAUCAAAGCUGGAUUUAUGAGCCCAACCGACAAGAUCUACGAGGAACCGGACGAACAACCGAAGGAUGCAAGAGCAGCGGAAGCACAAAAGGUGACACCAAAGGCGGAAACGAGGGUGGAAGAGGUUCCACGUCACGUUCGAAGGAACCCAUUUGCUCGAGUCAGAUUGGCUCAAGAGAAGUUCGAGAAGAAGGAAUCGCCGUCUGGCUACUCGGUCAAGAAGAACGACGAGAAAAAGUCCGUUUCUGGCUACACAGCGAAGAGGCACGAAAGGAUUGAGAUUCAGAGAAAUCCACCUUCGCAAUCCCGGAACGCUUUCUACACGGUCAACGAUUCCUUACCAGCUUCACCAAACCUUCCUCCUCAGCACAUACCCGAGAAGUCUGUAGAGGACAGUCCGAAGAUGAAGGAUGGCAAGGAAAUACGUAGCGACGACAUCCGUUCUGCAACCGCCAUGAAGCGCAAGGACAGGAGUCCAAACCUUCCUCAGCCAACGGCAGUCAGCGACAGUCCUGGCAGACCCAUUGUCAGUUUCCAGUCAGGAUGGAAGCCCAAGGAGAUCCAGUUGGUCGAAGAGAAAUCAACAGGUCUGCCCGACCCUUCCAAGACACUGUCUGAAGAGCCGGAUAUCCCUGGCAUAAGUCUGUCUUCAGACACAGUAAAACCUCCCGUCUUUGUCAUCAACGAGUCUUCGAGCGUCAAGAAUGAUCAACCGCCACCGCUCCAGCAUCGUCCGCAAUCUUCGCCGCCGAAGACAUCCUCACCUUUCUCGAAACGACCUCUCCCAACUCCCACACCCGCAGCUACUCGUCCGCUCCCUGUACCCUCGAAGACAUCGCCAUACCCAACAGUCAAACCUCACAUGACGCCAUCAGUAAGACGAAACACAGCUUUGUGUGCCCAUUGUGCAUUGCCCAUAGCAGGGCGCAUCUUGAGUGCCGCAGGCGAACGUUUUCAUCCUUCAUGCUUCAAGUGUCACGAAUGUGGCAUCAACCUCGAGUGUGUAGCGUUCUACCCUGAGCCAGACAAGAAGCGUGCGGAGCGCCUGGCUCGCAUUCAACAACGUCAACAGGGUAUUGAUGUCUAUUUGCCUGAAGGCGUCACUGAAGAAGACGUGAGGAGACUAGAGGAAGAGGAUGGCGAUGAAUCGCUUCGAUUUUUCUGCGGACUAGACUUCCACGAAUUCUUCAGUCCACGUUGCAAGAGCUGCAAGACACCUAUCGAAGGAGAGGUAGUUGUCGCAUGUGGAGCAGAAUGGCAUGUCGGCCAUUUCUUCUGUGCACAGUGCGGUGAUCCUUUCGAUUCGACAACACCCUUUGUUGAAAAGGAUGGAUACGCAUGCGCAAAGUGCCGUAAAUGCAAACGCCCAGUCACGGAGAUCGUGGUCAAGGCCCUGGGUGCUGAGUGGCAUGCAAAGUGCUUCUGCUGCACUGAAUGCGGUGAUGGUUUCGAUGAUGGCAGAUAUUUCUUGAGAGGCAACAAUCAAGACCCCGUAUGUGUAAGAUGUGAAGAGCGGAGGCUCAAGGCCUAG